AUGCAGCAGAAAGUUGUGUUGAAAUUGGAAUUUGUCGAUGAGAAAAUCAAGCAAAAAGCCAUGAAAACAGUCUCUGGCCUCUCAGGGGUUGAAUCUAUUGCCAUGGAUCCGAAGGACAAGAAGCUGACAAUAACCGGAGACAUAGAUCCGGUUAAGGUGGUGGCCAAACUGAGGAAGCUCUGUGGUACAGAAAUUGUGUCGGUCGGGCCGGCAAAAGAGCCUGAGAAGAAAAAGGAAGAACCCAAAAAAGAGGAAGGCAAGAAAGAAGAUGACAAGAAAAAAGAAGGUCCAAAACAAGUUGUUGUACAGCUGCCGAUGGCCUAUCCUCCAUAUUAUCAACAUCCAUAUUUUGCUAGAAGUGUGGAGGAGGAUCCCAAUUCAUGUGUUAUUUGUUGA